CCCCUUCCCCCUCUAGACGCUCACUGAUUGCUCGUUUGCAGCAAUGUCUAUGGAACUCGAUCCUCGCAUGCCUGCUCGUUUCGUGGACCUAAAACACGAAAUCGCUUCCUCGUACCCUGACUUUGAGGCCCGAGUGACCACCGCCUGGAACGAGAUCCUUCAGCAUCUCGAGGCCGUCUCUCUCAAGGUCGCCGAAUCCGGUUCGGAGACCAUUCCCCAAGUCAGAUUCGAGGACCUGGGAAAACUCAAGCCUGAGGAGAUAGACCUGAUCAAACAGCGGGGAUCCGUUGUCAUCCGCGAUGUGGUAGAUGAUGCUGAGGCGGCCUCUUGGAAAUCUUCUCUCGAGCACUUUGUUAAGGCCAAUCCUGAUGUACCAGGUCUUCCGGAGAAUGACAAACAGUUCUUUCAUCUCUACUGGACGAAAGAACAAGUCCUCGCUCGUUCGCACCCGAACAUGUUAGCCGCGACGGCGUGGCUGAACAAGCUCUAUACUGGCAGCCUCGAUGGGGUCACACUAUCUACUCCUCUCACCUAUGCGGACCGCUUUCGUAUUCGCCACCCGGGCCCAUGGCUUUUUCAUCCUCCUCAUGUUGAUGGCGGUGCCAUUGAAAGAUGGGAAGAUGAAGCCUUCCGCAAAUGCUUCGCCGACAUUCUCAACGGCAAUUGGAAAAACCACAAUCCCUACGACCUGUCCAGCCGUAUGAAGGCUCGUCACUCAAUCUACGGUCGAUCUGGCCAGGCAAGCAUCUUCCGCACGUUCCAAGGAUGGCUGGCUAUCAGCGAGACUGGACCUCAGGAAGGAACGCUUCAAGUCUUCCCAGACGUGAUCGCCUCCAACGCAUACAUGAUUCUCAGGCCUUUCUUCCGUCCCAAGGCAACGCCGGUUUCCGAUGAUCCACUCAGCGCUGACAACUGGGAAUACGACAUCUCGACCCCAGAUUUCCCUGGAAUCUAUGCACGAGACCAGGGCUUCACAGGCCCACGUCCUAGUCCAGAGUUGCACCCGCACAUGAGGCUUGAGAAGACCAUGGUCUCAGUGCCCAAGGUCAACCCCGGAGACACUGUCUUCUGGCACUCUGACGUCGUGCACGCCGUCGAGAAAGAUCAUAAUGGGCCCGGUGACUCCGCCGUGAUGUAUAUCCCGGCCGUCCCGUCCACGCCACAGAACUUAGCCUACAUUCAGAAACAGAAGGAGGCGUUCGUUCAAGGGAUCACCCCUCCUGAUUUCGCGGCGUCGCCUCCGGAGGCGAAUUAUGUGGGUGUUGGGAAGCCCGAAGAUAUUAUGUGCGAGGAAGGGAGAGUGGCGAUGGGGUUCUGAGACCCAGUUUUCCCGGGAAUAAUGGGACGAACGGUGUUCGAAAUGCGGUUCUUAUGUGGGGUGUAAGAGUGGUCGUUAGAUGUACGAUGUUUGUAGGAUCAUGCUGCUUUUUUUCUUUGCAAGGUAAUGACCCUUUGUGGGCCAUGCUUAAGCUGGGCAAGAACUUUCGGCCGUCGGGGAGGUAGAACUUCUAAUAGAGAUGAAUACAUAUUCGCAGGAGUGAAUACAGCGUGUGUGGUGUUCUACAAGUAGGCGUCGACGACUCAUACACAGAUUGAAUAACCUUUGCAAUGGAUAGACUUCAACUCCUCUCCAUCUCUGCUUCUUGCUUCUUUCGUGCUUCUUCUUCCUUCGCCUCACGCUCUUCUGCCUCAACAACUUCCACAUCGAGGGGGAAAGUGAGGAUGGCAGCGAUGCCGGUAAUUUGAUUUAAUUGUUGGCCGCUUUCGUGCAUGCUAGAGAAAAUCAAGACCUCUCCGCCCUUGUCCCGGACAUCUUCAACGAGCGAAACAUAUUUCUUACGCUCCGUAGGAUCGCUCGCUCGGAAGAGUCCAUCCGAUAUGAGUAGGGUACCAACAGCGCCUCGUUCGAUGGCAAGCGCGACAUGGUCUGGUCCAUACCAUGCUCGCUGUUCGUCCGAGCCAAGCAUCUUGAAAAACCUGUCCAACAUAAUUCCUUCCCGCGCAAAUUUCGUCUCUUUCAGCUGAGAUAUGAUCUCCGGACUCUUGAGUACUUCGACCAAACUAUGAACAUGGGGGCUAUUGACAUGUACCCUCACGAACUUCGACCUCGCCGCAAGCAAAGCCUUGUUACUAGUCCGUGCUGCCUCUGCCAUUAUAUGAUCAAAGACCGCAUCCCGAACCCAGCCAGGACUCGCAAUAACGAUCGCACGCAACGAAGGGUUUGCGUACGGUAUAUGUCGCAGGAAAGCUUGGUACAGAGUGUCAUAGAAACGUGCCAGACCUUUCUCGUGUGCGGUUGCCGACCCAGUACGUUUCCUCGGGAUCGGUACGUCGAUUCGUUGUCGAACAACGGUCAUGUGUUGUGAGAGAAGACAGAAUGCAGCGACGCCUUCGCCGCACACAAUAGCGCCAACCUCAGCACCACGGCCUGGAAUGCUUGCUUCCUGGAUGCGUUCAAGAGAUAUGCUGUCCCAUUCUUGCUUCUCUAUGCGAACAUCUCGGUUGGCUUCAAUGUCGAGGGUAUGGAAUGCACCGAGCUUCACAUGCGGAUUCUC